ACCCACCAUGCCGCCAAAAAAAUCUCCCAGAUUCACUGAACAACUUCCCUUCUUCCUCCACCGUUGCGGACUCUUCCACGCCGAGAAUUUCUUUCCUCCUUCCCAACGCUCUUCUGUUCGACGAAAUCACUCGCUUCAGCCACCCAGCUUCAGCUUUUCCAUUACAACACCAAUCGACUAUGAAAUCCCUCUCACCGGUCUCGCCUUCCAUGGUUCUUCCUCCAAAUCACGCUCUCCGACCAUGGCGCCCUCACGUCGUUCUGUCUUCUUUUACCUCAACUAAUCGUCUUCCUCGACUAUCGUGUGUCAUCGGCUUCUCUUAUUCUCUGGGGAGAUGGAGACGAGCCGUUGUUGGUUGUAAAUGCAAAUUAAACGGCGGAGUCGGAGAUGCAGAGGAAGAUGAUGAGGGAAAAGAGGAAGUUGAAAGGGCACUUCACUUGGACGGUACCAUUCCUAGUUCUUCCGGCGAGUUCGUCAGGCAGAUCUCUUCUCGUGCUUAUGAUAUGCGGAGGCAUUUGAAGCAAACAUUUGAUAGUAGCAGUUAUGAUGUAUUGGAGGCAAAUCCCUGGAGAGAAGAGUCAAAGCCUGUCUAUAUACUGACCCACAAUGAAAACCAAUUGUGUACAAUGAAAACUCGAAGAAAUCGCAGUGAAGUUGAAAGGGAGCUCGGAUUAUUAUUUUCCAAAGGGGGAAAGCGGAGGUCUGGAAUUGGAAACCAUGCUACACAGUCAAGACCUAGGAGCAAGUUUCAGAUGCUAGUGGAGGAUGUUAGGGAGGGAGUGCUUGUAUUUGAGGAUGAGAAUGAAGCUGCUAGAUAUUGCGACUUACUCCAAGGUGGAGGCCAAGGUUGUGAAGGUGUUGCAGAGAUUGAAGCCUCAUCUGUAUUUGAUCUUUGCCAUAAGAUUAGGGCUCUUGCUGUUCUCUUCCGCAGGGGAAGAACACCGCCUCUGCCUCAAAGCCUUGAGCUGAACCUCAGGGCCCGCAAACGGUCCCUUGAAGACCAAGAGGACUUGAUAUGAAAUUGUAUAUGCAUGAGAACUUGUGCUAUCAAAUCUUAUUAGUGCACUAUACCAUACAUUUUAAAUUCAUUUCACUAAACCAUUUAACUUGAAAGAAGUUGAUUUAUAUGAUUUGUUUGGCUUUGAAGAUAGUGAGAAAGUAUGCUUGUCAAAGAGCAACAAUAACGAAUGAUGUCUCUG